AUGACCGACCCCACCACCAACGACCCUCAAAUCCAUCUUACAGAGAUCGACGUCGACCUGGACGUGCAAGAGAUCCUACUUGCAGCCUCACAGCACAAUAAUGCCAAACUUCGACGUCUCUGCCGCACACAAUCCUCAGUGCCUGAUGCGGCGAACGUGAAAGAUCCCGAGACAGGCUACUCACCCCUCCAUGCGGCCAUUGCGGCAUGCGAGCCGGACGAAGACGAGAAAACGAACGGCGAGGCUCAAUCUGCUGAUAAGGAGCUGUUGGAGUCUGCUGUAGAGACGGUCAGGUUCUUGUUGCAGGAGGGUGCGAUCUGGAAUGACCUCGACAACAAGAAUGAGACGCCUGGUUGUUUGGCGCGGCGCAUUGGGGCGUUGGAGCUCUAUGAGUUGAUCGUUGAUGCCGGCGUCCGCGCAGAGAUGCUACUGAACCGGUUGGAUGAGUACGCGGCGCUAUCAGACGGCGAUGAUGAGGAUGAGGACGAAGAGGAGGGCGAGGCGGAAGAGUCCACCGAGGACAAGGCGGAGGAUGAGACAGCACCCGAGCUUGUUGAAGUCGCUACAGAACAACCCGUCGAGUCUACAAUAAACCCCAAUGUCAACAAUCGGGGCUACCUCUCAUCUACCCUCUCCAUCAACAACGACCGGAUCCUCGACUCGGACCAAAACGGUGUCAUGAUGCGCUGGGAAAGCGACAUCAUGCUUAAAUCCGCCAAAGCCCUUCUCCCUCGGCCGGGUCUCAAAGUCCUCAACAUUGGACACGGCAUGGGUAUCGUGGACGGCUUCUUCCAAGAUCAAUCCCCCGCCGAACAUCAUAUCAUCGAAGCGCACCCCUCGGUGCUGGCCGACAUGAAAGCAAAGGGUUGGGACACCAAGCCCGGCGUGACCAUCCACGAGGGCCGUUGGCAAGAUGUUCUUCCCGGCCUUGUGGGCGAGGGUGUGACAUUUGAUGCGAUCUACUACGAUACAUUUGCCGAGUCGUAUGCCGAUUUCCGGGACUUCUUCUCCGAGCAGGUCAUCGGGUUGUUAGAGCAGGAUGGCAAAUGGGGAUUCUUCAAUGGGAUGGGUGCUGAUCGGCAGAUCUCGUAUGAUGUGUAUCAGAAGGUUGCGGAGAUGGACCUUUUCGAAGCUGGAUUCGAUGUUGAGUGGGAGGAGAUUCCGGUGCCCAAGUUGGAGGGCGAGUGGGAUGGUGUGCGACGGGCGUAUUGGGUUGUUGAUAGCUACCGUCUGCCGCUUUGUCGCUUUAUGGACUAA